AUGACCCUUACCGUUCUCGACCAGCCCUCAAGUGGUGACCAGGGUAAGAGACGUCACCCUCCGUCAAACAGCGACGAUAGACAUUACCCUCCUGCAACUCCUAUGAAGGGCAAAAGUGCAUCCUUUGGAUGGUCUCCACCCACACCCAUCACACUCAUGUUGAUCACUGCUAGGUCCCCCUCUGAAUCACGGCAAUAUAAAGUGCCAACACUUCUUCCUUUUGGGACUGAAACGGAGGCAGUCCUAGAAGAGCUAGGCUACCCGGAUCAUUUUCAUCGGGUCUGCAUAUCAAUCAGCAAAGAUUUCCUUCCGAAGUGGUGGAUUAUGAAAUUGCAGGAGCUUGCUGAGUUUUCGGAGGAGCACGCAGAGACCAUCGGGAAUGCUAUGUUGACUGAUUCUCAGGUGUCGCUCUCAUAA